CCCGCUGUUAAAACCCCAGAAAGCAUAGAAAAAACCACCUACCGUCACCUCUCUCUCUCUCUCUGAGAUAAAUCUCUUCGUCUGUUGGUUCUUCUUCUAGGGUUGGAUCCCAAUGGGAUUCUUCCGUAGGAUCGCUGGCCUUCUUGGUUUCGGGAGGGACGACGGCAACGAGCCCGAUGGCGGCGGCGGCGAGGUGGAGGAGGAGGAUCGGAUUGGGAAGAGCUUGCCGCGCGGCCGCGCCAAAGGUUUCGGCGUCCAGGUCCCUCUCGUCGUCGAGAGGUCUGGCGUCGGGCCCGUCCUCAUUCCUUGCAGUCCCGGCGAAGGAGGAGUCCAGGGAUUCAGAUGGUAUACAAGGAAGCUAAGAAUCGACGAGGAUGGAGACGUAGCAGAUGAAUUCUUGGACGAGAUCGUACCAGAGGCUCCCAGCAUUAACACACAGAUGAGACAACCCAGGUUUCAGGUGAAGUACAAUACCCGUUCCACUGCCAUGGCCAUGAGGAAACAGGUCAUGGCUGUUGAUGGGAACAUCAAGCAGAGCUUGGAAUACCAAGGGAAACUGCGGUGGGUUUGAACGGGGAAUCGGCAGGCUUUUGCGAGCGGUGCCACCGUUAAGAAUCUCCAAUGGUCGGUAGAAAUUGGCGUCGCGCAUGGGAGUGCUGGAGCUUGGUCUUGUGCACUUAGCAUCACCUCCAUGGCAUGUUGGGUGGUAAAAUUGGUGUUGUUGUUAUACAAUACUAACCAAUCAUUGGUGCAGAUAUAUGAUUGCAUUUAGUGUGAUCUGUUUUUCAUACUGCAUUGUGAUCUUCUCCCUGCACCGAAAAUUACUGUAGCUAUAAUUCCUGAGACUUUUUUUU